GUUUUUCACCAGUGCUCGAGCAAGGGUUCAAUUCAGUUGCUGACUGCGAGAUGCUCCUGGUGAACUACUUCCCAUCCGAGUUCACGCAUGGUGAUCAAGACCUCAUCGAGAUGUUAAUCGCUACGGCAACAGUGUGGCUCGACCUCUGUGACAUACAGCUGGCAUCUCGUAACAUUGUGGUCGAUGUGCUGGAGAAGAUGGUCAGAGCGGCAGACGCGUUGUCCAGGGAGUCCGCUUUGGCACCGCUUGAUAGCGUAGUAGGUGUCUCGCAGGGCGGCGGCAGCCUUGAGGUCGGAGCUGGCCAUCGGCGGUGGAUCUUGCAGCUUGAUUGGAAGAGCGAGACGCUGAAAUCGCGAUAUGGCGCACUCUACAGGCAACUCUUGCACGCGCUCGCGAAGGCGUACAAGCUGGGCAAGCUCCGUGGCGACCAGAAUUUGAUUCGGGAAUGUUUACACAACAUGCUCGAUGCGUCACACAAGAACUCAGAAUAUGAGUAUACAUGCGAGGUAGAUGCCUGCCCCUGGACUGGGCACAGCAAUCCGUACCGUCACGAAGGCUACCACCAUGUCAAGUGCGAUCUGCUCGCGAAGAGCGCCAAACCCGCCUCCGCCGCGGGAGCCCGUGAUCGGGAGUCGCCGUCUGGCUCAGAACUACGGCUGUCGUCAUUGUCGCCCAACCUAGCCAUUUCAUCCGAUCCACCACAAGGGCUUACCCACGCUGCUCCAUAUCGCACAACGGCUCACGAACUUGAAGGUUUUCUGGCGCCAGUGAUCGACACGCCCGGAUACCGGAGUUUGCGCUCUUCGCUUCCGGCUACUGAGCACGAGGCUCGACGUCAUGCAAUAGCAAUGGUGCGGGACGCAAGGUCGAUGGAGCAGCUGACGAGACCCGAGGCAGUGCAGGUUGCGCCUGGACGGCGGAGAUCCUGGGGCUGACGAUGCGGGCUGGGCGCGAGCAUGUAUAUUCCACCGACACAUACAGUAAUAGAUUAUAUGUGUAGAGUUGUCAUUUGUGGGUGCGAUGAUGAUGACGCGAGCGCAUGGGUCGUUGUGGGUGCCUUGUUGACAUCCGA